AUGGCUCCUGUCAACUUGUCGCAUCGACGAACACAUAAUUUGCUGUUGAUCUCGAAGCUGUUGAGUCUGCGAGACACCGCAUCGCCCCUCACACUGGUCUUGGACUCGCUGGAGCAACCGGCCACCCCACUUCUUAAAGAAUACAUAAGACGCGCAAAGCUGUCCAAAGUCCAUGUCACACUCAUUGCCUUUGAAACCCUGAAACAGCCAGAGGGAGUAGACGCCUUUGUAACAACUCGGCGCAAGAGCCCUGCCGACAUUACGAAGGAAGUGAGUGCAGUUUACCAGCAUGUUGCAAACUCCAACCCCUCACGCAGACGAUUGAUUCUCAUUGACUCAAUCAAUCCUCUACUCAACUCUAAACGAGAUGAUCCGGGAUUCCAUUUGCCCUCUUUCCUGAGCUCAUUCCUUGCUCCUACUUCGCCUACAGCGAAGGUCGAUACGUCCCUCGUGGUGACGUAUCAUCAAGAUGUUCCCGAGCCGCCUCAGCAGAGCCCCUAUGCAUCAUCACCUCUUUCAGAGUUGACAUAUCUUGCAACAAGCAUCAUCACAUUGCACUCUUUCUCGCAUAUCCUAGCGCAGAAGGCUGCCCGCGAUCGCAGUCUAGCUCCUCCAGUCUUCGGUCUCGAAGAAGAACAGGAGGGUGUUCUGCUAGGUCGAUUGGACAAACUGAGCGGCACUGGUGCAGCCGAGGGAAUUGUUAUCGAAUUGGAACACAGACGCAAGAGUGGUCGUGGUGUUUUGGAGUGGUACCUUCUCCCACCCGCCUCGCGGUAUUCGCCACAGCAUCUGAAAGAGAUUGUGACUCUUCUCGAUGAUAACAUUCUCUACAAUCCUCCCAUGGAGCGAGAUCCGGGUGCUGAAAAUGAAGAGCCGACUUCUACUUUCGAACUCGGCCUCACCGACAAGCAAAGACGUGACAGAGAAGGUGUGGUCUUGCCGUACUUUGAUGCCCAGAGUGGAGAUGGCCCUGGCGAGGGUGGUCGGAUUCUUUACGAUAUGGGCGAAGAGGAUGAUUUCGAUGAAGAGGAGGAUGAAAUUUAG